GCGCUCUUUACCCAGCAUGCACCGCGAGUUUUAGCCAUCUUGUUGAGAGGUGGAAUCUUUUUUUUUUUCUUCAGAAAUUUUGCUUCCCGAACUCUGUGAGCCCCGAAUCACUUUUAUUAACAGCGGUUUAUCGUCUCGGUUGUGUCUUUACAAGCGAAAUAGCGCGAGUCGCGACUCGGAAAAUGAGAUAGUCGGAGUUGCGGUGUAAAAACAAACCGUUUGGAGAAGUGUUUAUUAUUAUCAUUAUUUUCAUAUAUAUAAGAUGCUAAAUGUGAGGCCAGGGGGAAGCGGGCCCCCAGCUCGCGCCUCGGAUUAAAGUGGCAGCUCAAGCACGGGAGAGGCGUUACUCAACUCGGCCUAGUGUGCACCGCGGAUCCGGGACGGAGGCCGGCUCAAUCCAGCGAAAAUAAAAACACACUUGUAUUAAAAUGGACCUGGAUUUUAAACGAUUUUAAUGGCCAUCUCUUGGUUUGAUCGAUCGUCAGGAGUGCAACAGGACAGAAGAAGAAGAGGAAGAGCGAUGACGUAUGAUCAUUUAGAUUAACAGCUUAUAGACUGAUUUUGAUCCAGCGACACUUACCCCCGCGUUGUCGCUUCUUUAGUUUAUAAAAGGAGUGCGCGUUUAUUAUUAUUUUUUUUUGAAGGCUCCGCGUGUUUAAGUAGGACGUACGUUUGGCUACACGAGUGUCUGAAACACUUCUAAGAUGUCAGCCAAGAAGAAGAGCUGCUUCCAGAUCACCAGCGUGACCCAGGCUCAGGUGGCCACGGUUGGCUGCGCGGAUGAUGCCGAGAGCCUGGACGAUCCGGACGAAUCCCGGACUGAGGACGCGUCGUCGGAGAUCUAUGAACCGGAAGUGUGCGACCAGAGGAGUUCGGCAUCGCACAGUGCGUUGAACAGUGUCGGAGAAGGCGAGGCGACUGCUCACAGAGCUUCUCACCAGCCUGGAGGUCCUGGUGUAGCAGGUGGUCCUGGUCAGCAAGCCACCACAACCACCACCAGCUGCAGCUCACGAUUCCGAGUGAUUAAGCUCGACCAUGGCACAGGAGAACCUUUCCGCAGGGGCAGGUGGACAUGCACAGAGUUUUAUGAGCGGGAACCUGAGGCGGCGACUGGCAGGACUGCAGAGGGGACCAGGCACGCCAACGAACUCGCCCCUGACCGGGAUAGUGGAUUAGGUGCUUCUGUAGUGGUUCAGUCCAGCCAGGCUUCGGAUGUCACCGUCACCACCACCACCACCACCAUGCUCGACCUGUCUGCAUCGCAUACCUCUGUGCACCCUUUCGAAUCCGGUAACGACCCCAAUAAAACGGCACAGCCGGCAGUCCCUCCUCAGGCUCUUCUCGCACCGGGCUUAAACCAAGGCUCUCACGUCCAGAUAUCACCCGUUACUCCUCAAGCUUAUCAAACUCAACCGCAACAAAAUCCUCAGUUACCCUUAGGCCUACACAUGACGAGCCAAACUAGCAUGAUGCCCGAGUACGGACAGCAGCAGCACUUGCCCCACGCCGUCCCCAUGCAAGGAGGGGAAAUCGGCAUCUCUAUACCAGCCAGCCAGUCAGGAGCUUCUGUUCCGACCCUAAUGGACUGGGCAGGAGUGAUGAGCGUGGCGGGGAUGGCGCCUCUCACCCCUGCGCCCUCGGUACAGAUCGGACAGUAUUCGGGUGUAGCCAUGACGGCUGGCCAGAAUUCACCCGUUCCGAGUGCGGUAGGCAUCCCAGGGCCCGAGCCGAGUCGGAGGAAAUCGGAUGCGGCCACCUCCGCCCCCCUCGUUGGCUCUGGUAAAGAUGCUGGGAAGCCAUUGAUUACAGAAGAGUUGCACCUUAUGCCUAACCCUGGGGUGAACAGCCUGUUUGGGAUCCCCAUCCCCAUCUCCAUUGACGGGGACGAGGACAGGAACCCGUCUACAAUUUUCUACAAAACCUUCCAGCCUGGCGUCAGGCUUCAGAGUGCCUCGGGAGCGAGCGUCGUCGCUAUCGAUAAUAAAAUCGAGAAAGCAAUGGAUCUGGUGAAGAGCCACCUGAUGUACGCCGUGCGCGAGGAGGUGGAGGUGUUGAAGGAGCAGAUUAAGGAGUUGUGCGAGAGGAACUCGGUGCUGGAGCGUGAGAACGCCGUGCUCAAAUCUCUGGCUAACAGCGAGCAGCUCUCUCAGCUCUCGGCUCACGCAGCCACCACCUCAUCGCCAACGGCAACGCCGGCCUCGAACCCGCAGCAGCAACAACAGCAGCCCAGCGUCUCCUCAGCUUAACCAUCACAUGCACACGCCCAUGAGCACGUCGCUCAGCACCAGCUUUAACCAGCAGCGCUUCAGUAUACAUGUGUGUUUUCUGCGUGUGUGUAAGUGUGUACGAGUACGUAUGAGUGUGUGUGUGGGGACCAGAAACGAUACAGAAGUGUUUCUUUUCUUUCUUUCCUUUUUAUUUUUUUUUUAAGAAGAAGAAGUAAAAGCCAUGAGAAGGGUUUAUUUUUUAAAGCCGCUUUCGAGCAAGAGUCUAUUUUUCGGAACUGAUCAUACUUCACGAAAGGAAAAAAAAACAGUAUAUAUUGUUAUUGUUUAUUAUUCUUUUUUUUUUUUUUUUGCUUGUGUCAAAUCACCAGUCAGUUAUUUAUUCGAGGGCUGCUACGUUCACAUGUCCCGACCUUAACUAAACGUUUUUCUCUCACUUGCCCCAUUAAAGAACCGAAGUACAGCCGGCAAAAACGCGCGUGCGCACACACACACACGUACACACGUUUAUAAUCGCACACACACAGCAGAGAAAAGCAGCGGGUUCAAACACUAACGACCGUUUGUUUUUACCUCUCAACUGCGAAUGUGAAGGGGUCACGAGUGAAUGUACAUGUAUUUCUAUUGUUUUUUUUUUGUUUGUUUUUGUAAAGUGUGUACAGAGAUUGUCCUCAAUGAAGACGUGAAGAACGAUCUUCAGUUCUGGGGGACAAACAAAGAAAACAAAUAUAUAUUUACGAAUGAAUUUUACUGCGCUCUCAUGCUCUCUCUUCACACCAUCACUCUUACAUUUUCGCUCGGUUUACGCUUCACCUCCGGGUGCUCGAAAUGGGACGCGGCUGACACGUACAUCCCAUCCGCCGUGCUUUCAAACACAAUGCUUCGGCUGCGUCCCGUCUCAUCGAAUCAUGAAAUGCAACCCCGGGGUUUACACUGUACGACACUGACAUGAUAUUAUUAUUAUUUUGCUUAGUGGAUAAAAACAUUUAGUAUGAAAUUGGUUCGAUUAAACGUGUUUCAGUUUGGAUUUCCGAUAUUAAAAAAGUACAGAUGAGAGAAACAAAAAUAAAUAGAGGGGGAAAAGAAAACACAUUAAAGAUGGAUACGAUGAAGUCCGAUGACUUUCGGUGUUUAAAAGCGUUUCUAAAAAAACGUCAUUUUCAGCCUUCAGUGGCGUAGUCGGAAAGUAAUUCUACAGAUGAGGAGGAGGAAACAUACGAAAUAAGUCGAAGUGUGAUCUGUCAACGUUGACACGCAGGAUAAAUAAAUAAAUAAAACCCACUGAAAAUCGCCAUGAUAUCCCUACGUGUACACUGUAGCUAGCCGUAGCUAGUAAACUUCUCCUGAUUGGUUCGUCCUGUUUCUGGUUACAAGAGCCCGUAGGCAAAACAAUUGGGUUAAACAAAAGGCAUGACGUGUUUCGAUUGACGUCAGAGGUGGUUUAAGUAUGACGACUUUGUUGAGCGUUUAACAUCUGUACGAAAAAUAAAAAUGACCGAAGAUCAGAGCGAAGAAAAACUUUAUUGCAGCGUAGCAAUAAACGGGACAACGAAGUGCGUUGGGUUCAUCGGAGUCUAAGUGAACCUCGAACGAUAUCGGUCCGGACGUUUUUUAGCGUUUAAUCAAGCCAGUUUUAGUCUCUAAAUGUAAACGAAGUAUAACGAUUGAAGCAAUUGCAUUCCGUUCUCACAUUGUAGAUGCGAGAUGUCGUUCUGAACGAUAAUUACGGUCACGUACUGCUUUGUUAUAGGUGCCAAUAAUAUCAGUGUGAUGCAAUAAAAUAAUGUAGAGUUUUGCACAAUUUCAGUCCUAAUGCUCACCCCACCCAACUACCGACCCAAAGGCAGUCAAAACGAAGCAGUCAUGUGAUUGAACAGAAAGUGAGGCCUCGGUUCCCGUUGAUCACGUGAUUCUCUUAAACGCUACAACGGGCUUUCGUCCUGUGUACUGGAGACAUGCCUCGGAGCCUCCGUAUAAAAAAACGUAAUGUCACUAACAAAUGGUAACAAGUGUAACCUGAUGUUGAAGGAAACGCCUCUAAACGCUGCAAAAAGAACAACAGGAGCAAUCCGGAAAGUCACAUCCACCUACAAGCUUGUUAACGAACGUAAAAUGAGUGAGUGUUUUGUUUAUAUAGGAACAAGCGUCGGUCAAAAAAAAAAAAAACGAUCGCAUCACAACAAAUAGAGAUUGGAUGAAGCAGAAGAG